AGCCAAAAGUGUUAUUCGUAUACAUAUAUCGAAACCACUCAUUGAUUAUUAUUCAGUCAACUCUUGUCUUGCUUGCGAAGAUUAACUGGUGAAGAUGGAAGUUCUUACGGUCAUUCUGUGGCUUAUAAUAUUUAUUAUUCCUGCCACUUAUCUAUUUUUCAAAAAAAAAAUAUUCAUACUGGAAAGAUCGUGGAGUGCCGUAUGUAGAGCCGAAAAUUCCUUAUGGAAGUAUUCAUAUUUCCACCGGUUUGCGAGAUUCAAUCGAGAAAUUUUAUAAAUCGAAAGGCAGUUUCCCGUUUGUUGGUGCAUAUAUGCUUACAACUCCGGCGGUUAUUGCCACUGACUUGGACUUUAUCAAGGAUGUGUUAAUACGUGAUUUCAAUUAUUUCACUGAUCGUGGAGUCCCCCACAAUGAGAAAAUUGAUCCGCUCACCGGAAAUUUAUUCGCUCUGGACGGUCAAAAGUGGCGCACACUACGCACAAAAUUAUCUCCAACAUUCACCUCUGGGCGGAUGAAGUUCAUGUUCCCAACAGUACUUGAAGUUGCAGACAGGUUUAUUGAAACGCUUGGGGAACUUCUGCAAACCCAAAAAACUCUGGAGGUAAAGGAUCUUUUGGCGCGUUUCACAACCGACGUUAUUGGUACCUGUGCUUUUGGAAUUCAAUGCAAUAGUUUAAAGGAUCCCAAUGCUGAAUUCCGUAUGUAUGGACGAAAACAACUAGAAAACCCACCUCACGGACCACUUGUCAUGGCCUUGAUGAAUAUGUUUCCAAAAAUCAGUGAUAUGUUACGUUUAACGCGAGCACAUCGCGAUGUUACCAAAUUUUUUAUGGAUAUCGUUCGAGAAACAGUUGAUUUUCGCGAAAAAAAUAAUAUUCGGCGAAAUGAUUUUAUGGAUCUUUUGAUUCAGUUGAAGAAUCAUGCGACACUCGAAGGAGAGGACCAUGAGAGCGUCGAAUCGAAAAUAAUUGACAAGUUAACUUUGGAGGAGCUGGCCGCCCAAGCCUUUAUAUUUUUCGUUGGUGGAUUCGAAACUUCGUCGUCAACCUUGACUUUGACCCUCUAUGAACUAUCUAAGCACCAGGACAUACAGGAUAAGUGUAGAGCAGAGAUUAAUCGCGUGUUAGAGAAAUAUAAUGGAAAACUGAGCUAUGAGGCGAUGAAUGAAAUGCAUUACGUGGAACAAACUGUCUUGGAGACUCUGCGUAAAUAUCCAAUUCUACCAGUGAUUCUCCGUCAAUGCAUUAAUGACUAUCAGGUACGGGGUACCAAAGUCGUUAUUGAGAAAGGAACACCAGUUCAAAUUCCAGCUUAUGCAAUUCACCAUGAUCCAGAAAUUUACCCUGAUCCUGAAAAAUUCGACCCCGAUCGAUUUUUACCCGAGAAUGUUAAAUUGAGACAUUCUGUUGCAUUUCUAAGUUUCGGCGAUGGACCAAGAAAUUGUAUUGGUCUGCGUUUUGGGAAAAUGCAAUCCCGGAUUGGACUUAUAAUGCUGUUGAAGAGCUAUCGAUUCCAUCUAUCAUCAAAAUCACCUGAUCCGCUAGUUUUUUCUAAGAAAAGUUUCCUACUAGCCCCGGUAGGCGGAAUGCACUUAGACGUUGAAAAAGUGUAA